UCGAACCAAUCUUGUUUCUGUUCUCGUGUACCCUGUUCAUCACGAAUUGCUCGCGUGCGAUCCAGUUAAUGUGAUCUGUGUGUUUGUUCGUGAGUCUGUGAAUUUCCCAACGAUAAAAGAUUGCUAACACCCCCCUCCCAAGCGUCAUUCUAGAUUUGUUUUACUCCAUCGAAACCUUCUAGAGGAAGAGUCAAGAUGCAGCUGCACGUGCGUGGCUUGAACACGCAGAUUUUGGAGGUUCGUCCGGAGGACAGCAUCCAUGAUGUCAAGCGUAUGCUGGCUGAGGCCGAGUCCAUCGACGAGUCGGUCGCACUGAGCCUCUGGUGCGAGGGUAAGCCGCUGGCCGAUGAACAGUUCGUUGGAGAGCUCAGCUCACCGGAGUUGGAUGUCACCGUCGGACUGCUCGGUGGUAAAGUGCACGGUUCGCUAGCCCGUGCCGGUAAAGUGAAGGGCCAGACCCCGAAGGUGGAGAAGAAGGAAAAGAAGAAGAAGAAGACGGGUCGCGCCAAGCGACGCAUCCAGUACAACCGUCGCUUCUCGUCGGUGGUGCAGGCUUACGGACGUCGCCGUGGACCGAACGCCAACUCGACCUAAGCAGCAGCAGCAGUCUAGGGAAGGCGACCAGCCACACACAGCAAAGAGGUUUAAGAACAGCAAAGCCUUGCCGGCCUAGGCAACCGCGAGAAUCGUUUUAAAUUAUGCUUAGCAACCCCGAGUGCUUGGUUCCCUUCUCAUGGUUGACUGGGGCGGUAAACUUUUUUUUAUUUGUUUUCACCUAUAGUACUUUUACUUUAGGUGCCCCCGAGUGUUCUGUUUUGUAGGCAUUCUGUGGUCGCACACGAUGGACAUGGUGUGUGCCGUUGCAUGAUAAACAAUAAAGUAUUAUCAGUGAAAACAGAA